AUGUCGAGGCAGACGAAGGAUCUCCUGCAGGCUCUGAUUAAAUGGCCCGUGGUUGAUAUUAAGAUUUUCCUAGUAGAAAUUAUGGAAGAUGGACGCCAGGAUUCAGACGAACUCGCUCUAUCCAUUAUUGACCUACUCCUCGCUGCCGCCCGCCAAAGUACGGAGAGUUGUUUUAUCUUCCUAGAGGCGGGUAUGCUCGACAUCCUGCUUUACUUCUAUCUAGAUGGUGAUCUCAAUCUGGACACCCAAAAAGCUGCUCAAAAGGCUUGCUUCGGCUUAGCUAAAUUCCGCCCUCCUGAUAACAACGUGAUCUUAUCGUUCACCAGAUCCUUCCUCUCAGCGCCUCUCGACCUACAAAGCACUAUUCCUAUUCAAGACCCCAUCAUUAUACCCCUAGCCGUGGAUCGCCAUCGACUUCGCCAGAUAGUCAUAUGUUAUUUUGUCCCGCUCUUCUGCGCAAUUGCUCGCACAAGUAGCGCAUGUCUGGAUACACUCUUGAACGCAAGAAUUGCAGAGCUGUUGUGGGCUAUCGCCCUUCUUCAAGAUACAUCCUACCUACGUUUCAAGCAAGAUAACCUUAACAUCGCCUCUAGGGAGUACGAGACUAUAUGUUACGAUAUCAUGGACGAAGCUAGUCAAAUCUUCGUGCCUGAUGCCUCUGAUGUGUUAUCCAGGCAUUAUACCGGCGCCCUGUAUUCUAACCGUGUAUAA